UAUGCAAUUCUGGAAAUCAUCGGUGUCUACACUUUCUGAGUCCUGGCAGCCACGCUCUCGGGAUAUUGAAGUUUCGGCUUAUGCUCUCCUUUCGCAUUUUCUGCAGUCUCAGGUUUCUGAUGGAAUCCCUAUCAUGAAGUGGCUGAGCCGACAAGAAAUAGCCAGGGCGGGUUUGUGUCUACCCAGGAUACCAUCGUGGCCUUAAAAGCUCUAUCUGAAUAGCAGCCCUGACAAAUAUCGAAAUGACAAAUAUCCAGGUGUCGGUGACUGGGCCUAGCUUGCCAAGGCCAGCAACCUUCCGGAUCGCCGCUCACAACCGCUUCCUCCUGCAGACGGCAGAGCUUGAUGUGGUACAGCCAACUACAGUCAAUAUUUCUGCAAAUGGUUUUGGAUUUGCCAUUUGUCAGCUCAAUGUUAUGUACAAUGUGAAAGAUUCGGAGUCUUCUAGAAGACGGAGAUCUAUUCAAGAUCAAGAAGCCUUUUAUUUAGAUGUGGCUGUAAAAGAUAAUGAAGAUAUCAAUCAUGUAGAUUUGCAAGUGUGCACAAGGUAAGUAUUUGGUUAUGUCUCUUAUCUUCCUCCCUUUGUCUUUCUUUUUACUUUAAUACGUUAU